UGUUUUUCACUUGUGAAAAGGAUAAUAUAUUUUCACUUGUACUGCAAUUUUGUGAUUAAAUCAUUCUCUUUGUUUGACAUUAAAAAGUGAAAAAUUUUAUUAUCUCAUUAUUUAUAAUUUUAAAUAUCUUUAUGUAUUAUAUCUUUUACUUGAAGUAUUUUAAAAUAUAAUCAAAAUAAUGAAUAUCAAAUUAAAGUGUUUUCUGUGGAAUAUUUUUAUUUUUACUCUUUCUUAUCAUUUUAUUGGAACUGAUGCUGUUCCUGCUAAUCUGCCAACUAGAGAACAACAAACGGCUUCACAACCGUUGCAUUUUAACCCAGAUUCUCGACCUCAAUUGUCAUCAGUACAACAACAACAAAUUUUUAAUGACAUCCAACAACAUCAACAGCAGUUAAACUUUGUUAGUUCAGAUCCCAAAUCAAUAACAUUUUCAGAUCAAUUCCAAAUUGCUUCAAAAUCUGAUCCUCUAACAACUACGUUCCCAUCAUUAGCUAAAUAUCGUGUUGAUCGAUCUAAACCAACGCUACAACAUGAUCAAAAUAGUCAUCAAUUCUUCCAAACAGCUCAAACACAAUAUCAAAUACCUAAUCGAUAUAAUUUUGCAUCUCCAGCAAUAAAUUCUUUCAAUUCAUUUCCAAACAAUUUACCACUCGUUGGUUUUCAAAAUCCUCAAGAGGAAUUAAAUUAUCAAACAUACUUGGAAAAACAACAUGAACUUGAAUUAUUACGGAAACAAAGAGAACAGUUGAUCUUAGAGCAGCAAGAACUAAAAAAGCAACAAGAAUUACUAAGACUGCAACAAUUUAGAGCAACAUCAACUACUCCCAGACCAACGACAGUCUCGACUACAACUACUACAAAGACUUCAACUUCAGCUUCGGUCCUCGUACCAUCGCCAUCUUCACGUAAAAUUACUCCAGCUGAGUCGGAAAUAUUUUUGAAAGCUAUUGCAACUCACCAAAAAAAAUUUACGACCUCUUCUUCAACAUCUACAUCAACACCCACAACUACAAGUACUACAAACCAACGAAUCACUAAGGAAUCAGCACAAGAAAAAUUUCAAUCAAUACCUAAAGAUAUUUUAGCACUGAUUCAGCAACAACAUCCUCAUCUCUUAAAGAACAACAAAUCUGAUCAACAAAUAAAGAUUAUUUAUCAAACAGAAAAACCAACUUCACAUUCUACAAGUUCUAAAGCCAGAAGUCUAGAAAAUGAUUUAUUAUUAAAGCAACUUAAACUUGCACUUCUUGACAGUAGUAAAAAUGAAAAUAAAAAAAAUGUGACAACGCGAGAUUUAGUUUUACCGAAUGGAAGAAAAUUACAAGUUAUUCAAGCUAACAACGGUUUAUCAUCUAUUAUUCCUAAUGAAGGAUCUAGUCAAUUUCAAACUGUAACUCAAGCUUUGGAUGCUUAUUCCAACAUAUCAACAACUACAACGAAACCUGUUAAAGAAAUUAUUGAGGAAUUAACUAAAGGCAUAGUACCUCCUGGUGCAGAUUUUGAAGUUCUUAGGCAAAAAGAUGGAAAGAUAGAAAAAGUAGCUCAUCCUUCAAUUCAAAACCAAUCUGAAAAAAAAAUAACCUUUGUUGUGCUUGAAGAACAAUUAGAUGGUACUUUUAAAGUACAGGAUAUUAAAGGAAAUGUUGAGAAAGAGAUUGGUACGGAUAUUGAUUCAAUAGUAAAUAAAAUUAAGAAGGGAGAACUAAAGUUACCUCCAAGCUCAAAAAAUAUUGAUAAAAAAUCAAUCACUGCUGAAAAUAAAUAUGUCGAUGAUACACCAACUACUUAUCGUCCAUCAUCCACUGAAUCAUCAAGUACUAAAUUAUCUGGAUUUUCAGAUAUUCCCAAACACCAGUCUGAAACAGUGAAUGCACUUACAACUCAAACUACUCCGUUACCGAAUUCUGUGUUAUCAACUGAUAAUUAUAUAACAUCAGCAUCAUCUGCAUCAACAUCUAUUACAAAUAUUUUAAACUCUAUUCCCAAUCAUAGUUCAACUAGCGCUAGUUCUCCAGCAUCAAACUUUAAAUUUGAAUCAUCAUCGAUUCAACCACGAAGCCAUUUCAUACCAACAUUGGCUCCAACUUUUGAAACCAUUUCGACAACUAUUCCACCACUUUUUAGUACGACUCUCGAGCCACAUACUUCAUCUCUUAUUCAGUAUAAAUCAAAUUCAGCAAUAACCACCAAUUUAAUAACUCCGAGUUCUCCAUCCACUACAGUUAGAGCAAUAAAUAACGUAGCUUCAGAAAAUUUAAUUUUCAAUGAUGUAUCAGGAAGAAAUUCAUUUAGUAAUUUGAAUAAAGAAUCAAUUGCUAAUUUUUUCAAAAAAGAAAGUCUCUUUGCUAUGGCUAAAUACCUUCGACAAUCUGGAUUGGAUAGUGUACUGAAUGAAACAGGUCCAUAUACUAUUUUUGUUCCAACUGACAAAGCUUUCAAAGCACUUUUAAUUCAAUUAGGAGGUCCUGAAAAAGCUGAACAAAAAUUUAGAGAAAAUCCUCGUCUUCUAAGUGGGCUUCUACUUCAUCAUGUCAUACCAGGUGCAUUUAAAGUAGAUUCGUUACAAGAAGAAAUGACUGGAGUAAGUUUAGCAGGAACUCAGUUACGAGUGAAUCUGUAUAAUAUGCAUGAUCAUGAAUGGAAUGAUAUCCAAAUCACUACAAUAAACGGAGCGAGAAUUGUUCCCAAUAAAAAGGAUAUUAUUAUCCCUCAAGGUAUUGCACAUGCAGUCGACCGAGUUAUGUUUCCACUCCCAGUAGGAGAUUUGAUGCAGACACUUGCUGCAGAUCGAGAACAAAGAUUUGGAAUUUUUAUAAAAAUGCUUCAAUUUUCUGGGUUAGAUGAAACUCUCAUUGGAACAAAAACGUAUACAGUAUUUGCACCAACUGAUGCAGCAUUUACGGCUUUUGAAGUUCAGAAUGGGCGACCAGUAUGGAUAGAAGCUGAUGGUCAAGAAGUAGCCAAAACAAUUGUAGCGAGGCACAUAAUGCCUACUACUUUAUUUUCAGCUGGAAUGAGGUAUUACCAUCAAAAGGAUACACUUCAACCGCAUUUUACUCUUCGGAUCCAAAAAAAUGGAGGCCGAAUCCGAGUAAACGAAGGACAAAUUGUGACACCCAAUAUUCCAGCGACAAAUGGAGUAUUACAUGCAAUUGAUACCAUACUUUAAUCUGUAAAAAUAAAUUAGUAAUUAUAAUUGUUGAAAGAACAAAUAUCAUGUAAGGACAAAAAUAGAAUACAUUAUUGAAGAUAAUGAACAGUAUGCUGUA